AUGUGGAAAUGUCAGCGUCAUGAGAAAACCUGUGACGGUAAAGUCCAGCUCAAGUAUCCUGGCGGCUCGUACCAUGUCCCUAAAACUAUCUUUGAAGAAUUAGAAGACGAAGGUAUUGUCGUACCAGAAGAAUGGCGGUACUUCCCUUACCGCGCCACCUACGAUUUUGAAUGUUACUUUGAUGAAGAGAGAGCUCACGAAUUAAAGAACACUGAAAAGUUAACCUGGCAAUCUACCCAUGUACCCUUAAGUGUGAGUGUAUGCAGUAACGUGCCUGGCUACCAAGCACCCAAAUGUUUCGUGUCUAACGGCGACCAAAACGAGUUUAUUUCAGACUUUAUCCAGUACCUCACCAAGAUAAGCCUGAAAAGUUCAUCUCUGCUACGCCAAAGGUACGCAGAAGUAUUUGAAGCUCUUGAAACCGCAAGAGGCCCGAAUAACAGUGAAUCCCACGAAGACCAAUUAGCGCAAAUACUCGUAGACAUCCAGGAAGGAAAUGUAGAGUCUGGCGAAGAUGAAAAUAGUAAAGAAGAGAGCGAAGAUCAAAGUAGCGACAUUGAUUUAAUGGCGAGUGAUAAUGAAGAGGAUGAAGAAGAAAUUGAACCGGAGAAUGAAGAAGACCGCGCUUUUCUCGAUGAUAAAAUACAAGAACAGGAGGACGUCUCCUUUUAUAGAAGAUUGAACGUUGAAGUGGAUAGAGAAAGAAGACAGCAACUGAGACAGACGCGGGAGCAGUUAGAAGAGUUACAAGAUAUUGUAGGUGGUUCAGAGGACGUCAGUGACCACAAAGUCCUCAGUCAACUAGAGGAGAAACUGAACGCCUAUAUACAAGAACUGCCCGUGCUAGGCUUCAACUCUGGCAAGUACGACCUAAAUGCCUCCAAAGAAUUCCUGUUCCCGUACCUCAUCAAGCAUCAGCCCGUCAAGUUUACUGUGAAAAGGAAUAAUAAUCAUAUGUGUAUGAAGACAGACUCUUUAAAGUUUCUGGACAUCUCUAAUUAUCUCUCUCCAGGGUUCAGCUACGAUCAGUUCCUGAAAGCGUACGAGUGCGAACAGACCAAGGGAUUCUUCCCAUACCAAUGGCUAGACUGUUUGGAUAAAUUAGAAGAAACAUCGCUGCCCCCUCACGCUGCCUUCUACUCAAGUCUGAAGAACGCUAACAUCACGGGUGAAGAGUACCGAUACUGCCAGCAAGUAUGGGAAGACAAUGAAAUGUCCACCUUUAAAGAUUUCUUGGUUUGGUACAAUAAUCUGGAUGUAGUACCUUUCCUCGAGGCAGUAGAGAAAAUGAGUCAAUUCUGGCAAGAGAGAAAGAUUGAUAUGUUUAAAGAUGGGAUUUCUGUGCCUGGUCUCACCCUCAAGUACCUCUUCUCAUACCUCUCACCUCAAACGUACUUCAGUCUCUUCGAUCAAGCGAACAGUGACCUCUAUCACUUGAUCAAAGACAACAACACGGGCGGCCCAAGUAUUAUUUUUCACCGAUAUCAUGAAGCCGGCAAAACAAAGAUCAGAGAAGCAGAGGAAGGCGAGGCUGCUAAGCUGUGUGAGAAGAUCGUGGGUUAUGACGCGAACGCUUUGUACCUCUGGGCGCUCAUGCAAGAUAUGCCCACGGGAAGUUAUACGAGACGCCUGGCGGACAAUCAGUUCAAACCGAAAAGUUCUGUACGCAUGGCUAUUGAAUGGUUGGAAUGGGUGGCGCACAAAGAGGGAAUUCACAUCCGACAUCAGUUAAACAAUACAGAAAAGCGCAUCGGUGGUCGUAAACUGCCUGUAGACGGUUUCAACGCGCAGACGCAAACUGCGUACCAGUUUCACGGCUGUUAUUGGCACGGCCAUGACUGUGCUCUCAACCGAGGGAAAGAGUUUAACGAGAAACGCAAGAAACCUAUGGCUGAGAUCAGAGAAGAAACGAGAGCCAACACGGAGUAUAUCCGCAGCAAAGGGUACAACGUGGUGGAAAUGUAUGAAUGUCAGUGGAGAGAAAUGAAGAGAACCAAACGAGAACUACGGCGUUUUAUUGCCACCGAAGUGAGAAGAACCCUGGAUCAAGUCAAGAUCAUGAGUCCCGAGCGAAUAUUGAGCGAGGUGCGACAUGAGCGUUUGUUCGGGUGCGUGGAAGUAGAUAUUCGUGUACCAGAUCACUUAAAGGAAAAGUUUAGUGAAAUGUGCCCGAUCUUCAAGAACACAGAAAUCAGCCGCGAUGAUAUUGGUGAAUUUAUGAAAGCGUACGCCGAGGAGCACAACAUCAUGGCUCAAGCCCGUCGCAGUUUGAUUGGGAACAUGAAAGGAGAAAAGAUCCUGCUGGCCACACCCCUCCUCAAGUGGUACCUGGAACAUGGUUUAGAGUUCACGAAAGUGCACCAAGUGAUCGAGUUCACCCCUCAACCCUGCUUCAAACCGUUUGGGGAUGCGGUGUCAGACGCGAGGAGAGCCGGAGAUGCGGACCCCAGUAAAGCCAUCAUUGCAGAUACCAUGAAAUUGGUAAGUUUUUUGUUUCAUUCUUUCAUUCAUAAAGGGGUGGGAACAAUAUACAUUUUCACGUAUAGAAAAAACUUAUAUCUUUGUUUAUCUCUCAGGUGGGCAAUUCAGGCUAUGGUAAGACGAUCACCAACCAACUGAAAAACAGAAACGUGGAGUAUUGCAGUGACGCUCAGGCCAGCCGAAAAGUGAACACCCACCUUUUCCGUAAACUGGAUAAUAUCACAGAAGAUAUUUAUGAAGUAGAGUCUUGUAAAAAAACCAUCAAGUUAAAUCUUCCAAGCCAAAUCGGUUUUUUCGUGUACCAGUAUGCCAAACUUCGCAUGCUGCAAUUUUAUUAUGAUUUUCUUGACAAGUAUCUCGAUCGCAGCGAUUUUCAAAUGUGUGAGAUGGAUACAGACAGCGCGUAUAUCGCUAUUGCUGGAGAGAGUGUGGAAAGUUUAGUCAAACCAGAAUUGAAAGCAGAGUUCGAAGCCGAUAAAUGCAACUGGUUUCCCCGUACGGAUACACCCGAGCAUAAAGCCUAUGAUAAGCGAACGCCGGGUCUUUUUAAAGUUGAGUGGGAGGGUCAAGGAAUUAUCGGGUUGUGUUCCAAAACCUACUACUGUUUUGGGGCCAAAGAUAAGUUUAGUUGUAAGGGUGUCAAUAAGAAAUGCAAUGACAUUAACAAAGACAAGUAUUUACAAGUGUUGCUCACAAAACAGAAUAGUUCAGGUGUUAACAGAGGUUUUCCUGUUGUUAACAACACCAUGUACACUUAUGAGCAAGUUAGGGAUGCCUUUUCGUAUUUUUACCCGAAACGUAAAGUUCUCGCAGAUGGAGUUAGCACUACUCCACUCGAUAUUUAA